AUGGAAGGCAAUAAUAUUACUGAAGUGCUCGAGCGAGACCAGGUCGAGCUCCACGAUCAAUUGACCCCAAGAAAAAAUACUGUCCUCCAUGUGGCCGCCCAAUUUCAGGACAACGAAGAAUGUGUCAGAACAAUGCUCAUUCGGGAGCAAUCUCUAGUUAGGCAGGUGAAUUCCAAAGGGGAGACUGCCCUUCAUAUUGCAGCCAGGAGAGGGUGCUCCGUUACAGUCCGGGUGCUUCUUGAGUUUUCGAAAAUACGAGAUCUUGAGAGCGACGUUGAGCUUUUGCGGAUGAAGACGUUGGAGGAGAAAGACACUGCCUUGCACGAGGCUGUUCGCAACAAUCAUCUUGGUGUAGUUAGGUUGUUGCUAGAAGAAGAUCCAGACUUGUCCUAUGCCGCCGCUAACAGCGCUGGAGAGACUCCACUUUACUUGGCUGCCGAGAGGGACUACCAUGAGAUCGUCUCAGCAAUCUUAGCAGAACCGCGCAGAAAUCAUGCUUAUGGCGGCCCAAAUGGAAGAACAGCCUUGCAUGCUGCGGUGAUUGCCAAGUGCUCAAAUUGUGUGAGAAACUUACUAGAAAAGAAUCGAGACUUGAUCAGAAUUACAGACUCCAACAGAUGGACGCCACUCCAUUUUGCUGCGCGUUUUGACGUGGUACCGAUAACCAAACAACUUCUUGACACGGACGAAUCCAUAGCACACCUCACUGCAAACGACGCUGACAAGAUGACAGCUCUUCAUUUAGCAGCUAAAUGGGGCUCAUUUGGCAUGAUGCAAGAGCUUUGGUCACGCUGCCCUGAUUGCUGGGAGAUGGUCAACGAGAGGGGUCAAAAUGUUCUUCACAUUGCAAUAGAGAAUGAAAAUAGUGAUAUGAUCAAACAACUUUUCAAGUCCACAUUUCCCGUUAGUAAUUUGCUCAACGAGAAAGACAGAGAUGGGAAUACACCUCUUCAUCUACUUGCAACUUCCUAUUGCAACGCACCUGAACUGAUAAGGCAUCGCGCAGCAAAUAAAGGUGCAUUUAACAAGAAAAAUCGAACUCCAAUAGACGCAAUAGUGUUUGAGAAUGCAAAUUUAAAUGAGGAGAACAUCAUGGAACUAAUCAACGCAAACGCUCCCUUGGGCCGGAGAAACAUAAUCUCCGAAGACAAGGAAAGGAUAGAAAAGUUGAGGCGUCUUUCAAACGAAGGUAAGGAGAAAAUGGAUGAACAGUUCACUAAAGUUCACAGCACCAUAAUCCUAGUGGUCACCUUGGUAGCAACCGUAACCUUCGCCGCCAGCUUCACCGUCCCCGGCGGCUUCGACGGCAACCAAGGCCCAAACGAAGGCAUGGCAGUUCUAGUCAGAAAAGCGGCCUUCAAAGCAUUUGUCAUCUCCAACACAAUGGCUGUGACUUUCUCCAUUUCUGCUCUGAUUCUCCUUUUGGUCUCAUCCAACUUUCAGACUUUUUGUUACUUAUGGCAGCUUAAGGAGUUCAAACGAUUUACCUGGGGCUGGAAAUCCCUCGUCGUAUCCUUGGUGGCAAUGAUGGUUUCUCUCAUCACCGGAAGCUUUGCUGUUUUGGCCACUUCCAUGGGUCUCGCCGUUGCCGUUUGCGUCAUUAGUUGUGUCGGCUUUCUCAUUUUAUGUGGUGCGGUUGGCAAGAUGUCUCAUGACAUUGUGAUCCAGUCGAACAUCAAAUUCCGCAUGGAUCCUCAUUACAAGGUUUCCGAGGUUUUGCAUCGAAUCAUUGAGUUAUUUGGGAUUAACUAG